AUGCGCAUACAUCCUGUCUUCCAUAUCAGUCUUCUUACUAAGUUUCAUUCCAAUCCUCAUGGACGCAAUCCUCCCCAACCUGCACCUAUCAUUACAGAGGAAGGCAAGGAAGAGUAUGAGGUAGAACAAAUCUUGGACAGCAAGUGGAAAGGAUGUGGUAAAGCAAGGAAACUCUGGUAUCUUGUCAAAUGGAAAGGAUAUGACAAAGGAAGCAACUCAUGGGAACCAGUGGACAAUGUGGGUAAUGCCAAAGAAGCUAUAGGGGAGUUUUACAAGGAGCACCCUGAGGCGGUUGGAGCUUGA